ACUUUAAAGCAAAAGUGACCCUUUUGAAAGCUAGCUAUUUAUUACACUGAAAACAAAAAAAUAUCCCUGUUUGACGCCCACCUCGGUUCCUGUGUUCAGCUAGUAAUGCCUGAUGUGCUGAGCCAGGUCUGAUCUGGCCAGCUGGCUAAUGUUUUGGAGAACAUAGACCAAUAGCUAGCCUAGCUACACUGCUAGUUUGCUAACCACAGUCGGUCAAUACAAUAUGAAAACAUCGGAGAAAAUGAAACAUAAAUAUACGAGACCGUUUCAGACGCUGGUAAAAGUAUAAUAUAUGUAACUAGUCAAGAACAUCCAACCGUAGCAGUGGGGCAAAGUUUAACUGCCAGAACUCACACCACCAGUUGUUUGGUCAUUAACGUUAUGUUUUAAUUCUGUAAAAAGAACAGAUUUAAAUGAUUUAUGCCACCAAUGGGAAUAUUGUCAUCAGCUCCUCAUGGCUGUUAAAAAAGUUUAAAAAAAAAUAUUUUUAGCUAGUUAGCUACAAACAUGGUUCUGUCAUCAAUAGUUGGAUUUCAUCAUGCUAUGUAUGGUAAGGUAAAGGUGUAGACUACAAGCUAGAUGCCCCUUUAGACUACAAGCUGGCCACACACACUUUCAUAUGGCCUUUGCGAAGACCCUUUGGUGACUGAGACCAACAAACACCAGUGUGAAGGAGGAAGGUCUGAUCUUUGAGAUGACUGUCUACCCAAAGAAUUCAGUGCGGAUCUUAUCUGCCCGGGAGUGUGGUGCCCGCGGCCUUGGCUCCCAGCGCCUCCUGCAGCAGCUUGUUGAGGAGAAGACCCGGCGGAUGAAAUGGCAGAGUCAGAAAGUGGAGUUGCCGGACAGCCCUCGUUCUACCUUCCUGUUGGCUUUUAGCCCGGACAGGACCUUAAUGGCCUCCACACAUGUCAACCACAACAUUUAUGUCACAGUGGUUAAGACAGGGAAGUGUGUUCACUCUCUGGUUGGCCAUCGCCGCACUCCUUGGUGUCUGACCUUUCACCCUACCAUCUCUGGUUUGGUGGCUUCGGGAUGUCUGGAUGGAGAGGUUCGCAUCUGGGACCUGCAUGGUGGCAGUGAGAGCUGGUUCACUGAGAGCAAUGUGGCCAUUGCCUCCCUGGCCUUUCACCCUACCGCCCAGCUCCUUCUCAUAGCAACAAACAAUGAGGUUCACUUCUGGGACUGGAGUAGGAGGGAGCCAUUUGCCCUGGUCAAGACUGCCAGCGAGACAGAGAGAGUCAGACUGGUGAGGUUUGACCCACUGGGUCAUAACCUGUUGACCGCUAUAGUGAAUCCCUCUAACCAACAGCAGAGUGAUGAUGACUCUGAGGUCCCCAUGGAUAGCAUGGAGAUGCCCCACUUUCGCCAUCGAUCCUUCCUACAGUCCCAACCGGUCCGCCGUACCCCCAUUCUCCACAACUUCCUGCACAUUCUGUCGUCGAGGAACUCAGGCUCACAGUCUGAGGAGCAGCAUCCUCCUGAACCCGCUGUCAAUAGUGCUGCUGACUCUCCUAGUCUUCCCUCUGGACGUUAUUCCGCCCUGCGGAAUAGCGUCCGACCCCCCUACCAGGGUUGUGUGCAACACCUUGGUAUGGUUUGCUUCUGCAGUCGGUGCUCUCCCACCCAAGCCCCUUCACCAUCUGGAGAGGACCCCUCUGACCCUGAGAGCCUGGAGACCCAGUCUUAUGCCUCCACCUUCUCCUCUGCUCGCACUGAGCCCCGGCAGCCCUCUGAGCCUCGCUCCUCACACCGUCCCUCUGCCUUCAGCAGUGUGUACAGCGGUGCUAGAGGACACUCUUUACGCACUCCAUCUUCAGGCCACCAGCAGCCAGGCCGGGAGUGUUCUGGGCGACUGGCGGGGGCAGACUGGAUGGGUAGCAUGCUCAACAUGCGGCCUGAGCAUAGUGGGGGUGUUGGGGUAUCUCCACCCAGGACUAGUGCAUCAUCUGUCAGCCUGCUGUCUGUGCGGAGACAGCAGGAGUGCUCCUAUCAGUCGCCUGUCUACACCUCUGCCACAGAGGGAGGAAGCUUUCCCCCAGCAGUUAUGAGCCCCCACAUCAGUGGAAACAGCUCUGUAGAUGGACCCAGCACUAGUAGUGGACACCACACUCUUGGGGAGGGAGGGAGCAACAGCCCCACCUCUAUCCGUAACGUGCUGCAGUGCAACUUGAAUCGCUACUUCAUGGAGUAUGAUCGCAUACAGGAAAUGGAGCAGUCAGGUGGCACUGGUGGAGAGAGCAGCCAAGAGCAACAGACAUGGGAGAUGCUUAAUAAUAACAUAGACUCUGAGCAGCCUGUCACUCCCCAUUAUCAGCCCCCCCACAGCGGUGAUGAUGGUUCUGGUCCCUUCCGCGGCCAUGUGAACCGUUGCAGGGUCUGCCACAACCUGUUCACGUUUAACCAAGGUACACAGCGCUGGGAGUGCACCGGCCAGACCCCAUCACAAGAGGGGAGCACCUCAUGGCAGCCCCCAAGCUCCAACCCUGCCUUUCACAACAUUAGGCAGACUGUGAUACAGGAUCCCCAGUCCUCUGACAGGAGACAGUUAGCACAGCCACAGCCCAGUGCUGAUGAACCUGGAGGGGACACAGCCUUCCCUCACCGGGGAACCCCUAGCCCGCAGAGAGAACGGGCAGUGGGGUUGGUGUAUAAUCAGGAGACAGGCCAAUGGGAGAGCGUUUACAGACAGUCUGCCAGUCCAAGUACAGCGGUGAAUGUACCACAAGAGGCCUUAAACCAAGAAAUGCCUGACGAAAGCUCUGAUGACGUUUACCUGAGAAGGAGACUUUUGGAGUCAUCUAUUAUGUCACCGUCUCGGUAUGACAUAUCUGGCUCCCGGGACCAUCCCAUUUAUCCAGAUCCUGCCAGGUUGUCACCUGCUGCGUAUUACGCCCAGCGGAUGAUUCAGUACUUAUCUCGGCGGGACAGCAUUCGCCAACGAUCACUGCGCUACCAGAGCCGACUGCGGCCUCUCUCGUCCACAUCGGAUAGCCCAGGAAGCAACCCCUCCGUUGAGAACAACGAGGUGGACUUUGAGGAGUUUGAGGAUAACGGUGAUCGCGCCAGACACAGGGCUCCGCGCAACGCUCGUAUGUCUGCCCCCUCGCUUGGCAGAUUUGUUCCCCGGAGGUUCCUACUGCCUGAGUAUCUGCCAUAUGCUGGCAUCUUCCACCACGAGAGGGGCCAGCCUGGCCUGGCCACCCAUUCCUCUGUCAACAGGGUCCUAGCAGGUGCGGUUAUUGGGGACGGUCAGUCAGCUGUGGCCAGUAACAUCGCCAACACUACCUACCGCCUCCAGUGGUGGGACUUCACCAAGUACAACCUACCUGAAAUCAGCAACUCCUCGGUCAACGUGCUGGUGCAGAACUGCAAGAUCUACAAUGACGCCAGCUGUGACAUCUCUGCAGACGGGCAGCUCCUGGCCGUGUUCAUACCCAGCAGCCAGCGGGGCUUCCCAGACGAGGGCAUCCUGGCUAUCUACUCUCUGUCUCCUCACAACCUGGGAGAGAUGCUCUACUCCAAGAGAUUCGGUCCUAAUGCCAUUUCUGUCAGCCUGUCCCCAAUGGGCCACUACGUGAUGGUGGGCUUGGCCUCUCGCAGGAUCCUGCUCCAUCACAACACAGACCACAUGGUAGCGCAAGUGUUCCGCCUGCAGCAGCCCCAUGGUGGAGAGACUUCCAUGAGGAGAAUGUUUGAUGUGGUGUACCCCAUGGCCGCUGAUCAGCGGAGACACGUCAGCAUCAACUCGGCCCGCUGGCUCCCAGAACCUGGCCUGGGUCUUGCCUACGGGACCAACAAGGGAGACCUAGUCAUCUGCAGACCUGUAGAUGCCCAGUUAGACGGAGACGGCCCCACUGAGCACAGUGAGUCCGUAUUUGCUGUCAACAACAAUCGAGGCGGUGGUACUGGUGGGAGCCGCAACGGAGAGCGACCAGGAAGCAGCAGGGCCCCCUUGAGGUCUGAAAGGGACAUGGGGCUUAUGAACGCCAUCGGUCUCCAGCCCCGUCACCCUACCCCCGUUGUGACAUCACAAGGCACACAGACACCCAUCCCACAGCUUCAGAAUGCCGAAACACAGACCGACCGAGAUCCCAGCACAUUCCGGGCCUCCGAAGCAACAGACAUUGGUGGACACGUAAGGGACCUUCAUCCAGGAAGCAGCACAGAGAGUGCACCGUCUCUGUCAGCCGAGGCCUCCUCAGAGGCCAGCACCACCUUGGCUAACCCAGGGGAAUCUGAAGACCAGGGCCGUGGGGAGGACGCCGUUUCUCGGCUCCGCGGGCUGAUCGCUGAGGGUGGUAUGACGGCCAUGGUCCAGAGGGAGCAGAGCACCACCAUGGGCAGCUUCGGUAACAGCAUCAUCGUUAGCCACCGCAUCCACCGCGGCUCCCAGACUGGGACAGAGGCACCGGGUGGGGACAGAGGCACCCAGGGCAGGGGUCAGGGUGGUGGUGAUGGUUGGAUGUCCCUCUCUCCGCCCCACCGGGGCACUCUGUCGUUCACAGAGCCCACCACCCGUAUUCUGACCCACCAGAGCAUGUAGCUGGGUGAGAGCUCAGCAUUCCUGUUAGAGCCCUCUGUGGGGCCCAUAGCAGGACAGUAGCACCUCUCCCCUUCCAGUACAUCAGUCUCUUUUCAUCUUAGCCCAUUGGGGUGGAGGAGGGGGCCGAUGGGACCCCUAUGGACACAGACGAUGCGUUUGAGGGUGUGGGACUUGUCGAUUAUCUAGAUCUACACUCCCCCUCUGCUUCCUCCUCCUCUUCUUCAACCCUGUCCCCUGUUGUCUCCCCUCUCGACAACAACAGCUACAGUGCCAGUUACCAUGGAGACCCCUACAGUCAAUAGAUGGUCAUGUGCUUUUCAUAUCCAUCUGAUCUUUACAUAGAAGACUCUCCUUCCUCUAGCCUUAUUACAUUGACUACUGGUUUUUCUGGAGGCUUCCAAUCCCAACAAUGAAAUCCUACUCCUCCAUUGCAUGUCCUGAUUUCUAUCCAAAAGUAGGCUGGAUGAGACCUAUCUUCAACCUAGGAUUAGGCUUGGUCUCUUCCUUGGAUGUGGUGUUAUUUUCCAUGCCCUGACUUCAGUUUGAGAUUUGUGUCAUUGCCCAAUUGAGUGCAAGAAUCCAAAGCUACAGUUUGACCAUUCUAUCGGAGGGAGGUGGACCUGAGUGACUAUUUUACAAACAGGGUUCAGAUCGGUGGUUUUCAAAGGCCAUCUAGGACCAAAUUCCAUGAUCAAAUUGCAACUUUUUUUGCAAAACGUGUUAAGACUCUUGAUCACUAUUAGCAAGAAGCUGAUAUGCUGAGUAGAAGCACAUUUUAUUAACCAAUCACAUUGGUACAAUUUGAUUGUGAACCUGGAUGACUAUCUGUUUUUUUUAUGUCUAUGAAUUAUAUUUUAUUGUCUGAGAGAGAGAGAGGAUGUUCUAUGUCACCCUUUGUGGUUGCAAAACGUUUCAUUCUUCCUUUAUUGUCGUCAUGGUUGAUUAGUGGUUCGCAAAGAUGUAGUUGACCCAAUAUAACUUUGAAUCUCUUGUACUACAUAGGAGAGCAGCAUUACAUUACAGAGUAUAAUUUAGGGUUGGGCAAUAUUUAGGGAGACCAAUUCCACAAUAUGCUACUCCAGAUAUGGGCGAUAUUCGAUAUUAUCGCUGUGUGCUGUUAAUGACAAAAUAGUUCCCGACUCAUUUAUUUUUUUGUUGUUGCUUAUUUAUGAUGUCAUAACCUCCUUCUCAUUUAGACUUCUUUUCAACAUAUUGAUACUGCCUUACUGAUUAAGCUGCGCGGUUUUGAUUUGUAAAGUUCAAAUAGUGCGUCACAAUAGCUCGACCAUAUAGUUGAUGACAAAUAUUGCCGAUCCUUCGAGAUGUCAUACGUUAAGCCGAACCUAGUAGCAUUACAAGACUUUGCUCCCAGACAGUGGCCAGAUAAUACCAUUACUCUUUUCUCCCCAGUGUGAUGCCUGUAUCUGGUGUACAGUGUGCAGUCGGGUGUGUGUGUGACAAUGGCUAAUCCGUAAGAAAAGAAAACAAACAGCAUGACUUAUGUAUGUCAAAGGUUGAUGUAAUAAUAACAGGGUACAGUACACAUGUACUACUGGCAUGUAAUGAUCAUGAGCUCCAGAUCCGCAGCCUCGUAACUUCGAAACGCGUUUUGAAACACCUAAAUACUGUGCCAAGUAUUUGAAGUGAAGCAUUUCGACAAUAGUGUAUCUCUUCUACGAUUUCAAACGGUCACCCCAUGUUUUGUGAUGGUUGUCUUUUAUACAGUAGGAUUCCUUCUCUCGGUUCACUGUGGUAUGUUGAGCCCAGUCAUCUAAGGCUAAAUGGAAUUUGAGAAGGAGAUGCAUCCAGAAGGCUCUCUUUAAAAAUGACCUGUUUGCCUCCUACGAGCCGCCCCGGUGCCUUGAGGGUUGUGUCGUUGUGACAGAGAGGCAGUGGGAGGUGCACAGGGGCGAUGGUGCUGAUAGCAUUCCGAGUCACCACAGGGGCAAAGCUCUCUAGGUUGAAUGGACUUUGUGUGCUUCAAAACGGCUUGGUCAGUUCUUAGUCCUUUUUAAAACUGGUUUUAAACAGUAAUCUGCAAAAAAUAAUACAUUUUAUUUCUUGUUUGUCCUAUCAAGGUGGUCGGUUGUGACAGUGAAAGAAACUGUGUUGAAUUAAUGAAUUCGCAAGUGCUUACUGCAGCUCCAUGGUGAAUGGGUUACUUUUUUGAUAUUUGGAUGUGAAAAGUUACACAUUAUGAACAGGUUUUUGUCUCUCAGCCACUGUUGGUCCAGCCAACUUGCACUGCUUAUAUCUGUCUCUCUAUGUAUUGUGUAUAUUGUGAUUGUAUCUGUUGUAUCUGUUGAGUUUAUAUAUGUUUUAGAAAGAUGAUGGUUAUAUAAGAUAUGUCAACUUAAGCAAUAAUGUAAGGUUGAUCAUAAUCUUUUUUUCAUAUACAUUUAACCAGAGUUGCAUUAGUCAUGUGACCCUGCAGCAGCACUGUCUAUCUCUGUUGUUCAGAUCACUUCUAGGAGAGCAAUGCACCAUUUGUCGGUUCAUAUGCUGAUCUGACGACAAACAACUUCAGGAAGAUUGUCAAAACGAUAAAUAUAUUUUGUUAAUUCGUUUAUCCGAUUGUGAAAUUGUCUUCCCAGUGUUUUCCGAUACUCUAUGACUGACUACUCACUUGUACUGUGCCGAUCUUCAUUUGAAUUUGUCCUCAACGGGGCGGCAGGGUAGCCUAGUGGUUAGAGCGUUGGACUAGUAACCGGAAGGUUGCAAGCUGACACGGUACAAAUAUGUUGUUCGUUAACCCACUGUUCCUAGGCCGUCAUUGAAAAUAAGAAUUUGUUCUUAACUGACUUGCCUAGUUAAAUAAAGGUACAAAUAAAUAAAAAUAAUAAUUGAUCCCAUUAUGGCUUGUAAUGACUCCUGUAAGGUUAUGGGAAAUACUAGAUAUACCUCUCAUAGCGUCAGACUCAGAGUGAAAUUAGAUUUGGACAAAUAUAUGCUUGUUAUUCCAGCAUUAAUUUGUUUCAUGUUAGCGUAUGAUCCAUGAGGGACAAUACCAUUCUGAUUUUAUGCAAAAAUCAUCUGUUUACAACAACUUCUAUCCAUCGACCCUUGGAAAGAGCAGGAAGACCGGAGUCUCAUUUACAGUUCUUGGGUUGGAUAUCAGAGUGAUCUGGGUAGUAGAAAAGGGUGUAACGGGAAAGUGUUUGCGACAGACAAACCAAGAGACACAUCAGGCAUCAGAAUGGUUCAGGCUAACCCAGAUCUGUCAGACUCUGCUCCUGAAAAGACCCCCUUUUGGGAACUGGAGCCGACAGCCUGACACUUUUGUUUCCCACGUUUUUUAUUUCUUCUUUUGAGCACACUCAUCUCGCGUUUUUCUUAUUUGUUUUGUUUUUGAACGGGUGGAAUGUACUGUUUUCUUUCACCUGUUUUCUAUUGUAUUUGAAGAGGAUAUGAUGGACUGUAUUCUAGUGUCCUGUUGGUCAAGAGGGCUAAUGGGGAAAAGGAUGUGUUCUAAAUCAGAAGACAGGAGCUUACAGUGGCUUCAUGGGUGACUGUUGGGUGAGGUGGAGCAGGAGAGCUGAACAGCUGCUCCCUGUGGGCUCCGGUCCUGCUGGGUUUGAACUGGGAGGGAAAACGCAGUGAGCGAAAGAGCAGCGAAAGAGCAGCUUUGGAUUUGGUCACCCUUGAUGCUCAUGCAGCAUUGCGUUAGAUGAGCUCAUCUGUUUCGGCUUUCACCUUCUAUCUGCGCUCUUUAUUCGUCAGUUCAACAACACACAAUAAUCCGCCAGUGUGCGCAUCAGUUCAAAACUCAAUCAAGAACCCUAGUUAAAUAGUGGAACUAUGGUAUAUACAGUAGAAAUCGCCACAUUCAGUUCUCCACAGCCCAGGACGUUUUGCGACUACCCGUGUUUUUAGAUUUUCUGUGCAAUUUAAGGGGAAUAUGUAAUCACAUCACAUACUCAACGUAUUUACUUAACGCUUUACACUGUUCACAGAUCAUCACAAAACUCAGUGUUGUCAAGGCAUUACACUGUCGUUUUUUCAUACAGCUGAUAUUCAUAUGUUUGUGCAGCAGAAUAAAAAUGUCUGUGACCUUCUGGAUAUGAUUUGAAAUUUGGAUCAAAUCUGUUUAGGAUUUUUUUUUUAUAUAUAUAUAUUUAAGUCUGAAAUGUGUUUAUAAAUUGAGGAUAAUGAGCUUCCUAUAUGAAUACUUUCAGGGAAAUUCUAAAGGUCAUGAGUGUAUUUGUUCUGUUGUCACUGACUCACAAUGGUGUCUCUUUCUCACGUGUGUCAAUAUGUGAUCUCUUGAGUGUACGUGAACUCAACAAGGAAGUGUCUUCAGUGUGCCUGUUUUUUUUUUUGUAGGAGAUUGUGAUUUGGAGUGGUUUUCUAUCUACUUUUUAAAGGGUAAACCGCAGUAUAUAUGACAGUAGUCAAUGUGCAACUAAGGGGUGUUGGAACACCAAAGAUCCUAGAAAAUACAUGUUGAUCAUAAACAAAUAAAAAUGUGAAGCUAAGAAACAAUA